GCCUUGCAAAAUAUCCUGGGCCGGGUCUUUUUGUCGUUUAAAACGUCCAACAUAUCGCUAGAUCGACUGACCAAUUCUAAAUUCUUUCAACACCCUAAAUUUUCACUUUUCAUUUUUUUUUGUUCAACUUCUGUCCAGGUAUUCGUUCGGCUCUUGGCAGCUUCCUUCCUAUUCUGGUUCUUCCUUAUUCAAUCCAGGAGAAGUGUAUUUGUCAAGAGAUUGCUGAAUUCUGUGUUUCAUAUCAAAUGUAGUUUAUUGUUUAUAGAGGAUAGUAUGAGGUUCAUAGUUUUACUGAACUGCUUGACGAGAUGAGUUACGUUACCAGCAAACCCUUCUUGUCAACCUACCCUCCCAUUUCAUCAUCUGGAAGUGCUUCUCCAGCAACAAAGCCGAGAUUUCCAGUUUCACUGAGGUUGAAUAAGUCGUCAACAAUUUACUUAACUGCAAGGCUUCCUAAGUUGUCUCUUAAUGUCAUGGCUAGUACUUCUACUUCCAAACAAUCUGGACCUGUCUGCUUGUUUGGGGGCAAGACAGAGUCAGGCAACGGAGAUGAGGGUAUUCCGAAGGAAGUGGUUGGGAAUUUCAUGGGAAGUUUGAAGGAGCAGUCAAUUGAGGAUGUGCUAAGGCAUCAGAUUAAGAAACAAGAGUUUUAUGAUGAUGGGGGUAGUGGUAAAGGCGGUUUUGGUGGUGGGGGAGGCGGUGGUGGUAAAAAUGGUAAAGAUGGUUCUGGUGGAUCAGAAGGUGAAAACAGUUCAGAGAUGUUUGAUGAAAUAUUGCAAGCUGUCUUGGCUACUCUGGGCUUCAUAUUUUUGUACAUAUAUAUCCUCGAAGGUGAAGAUAUCAACCGCUACACGAAAGAUAUUAUUAAGGUCAUGUUUGGAGGGAAGAAGAGUCUUCGGUUACAGCGGCUCGGGGAGAAGUGGAAACGAACCUUGAAGAAGAUGUCAGAGAAGAAAAAAGUGAACCCAUACUGGUUAGAACGUGCAAUCAUGAAAACCCAAACUUGGUAUGACAGCCCUGCAAUAUAUAAGAAACUCUAUAAUGACAUAACGGGCGCAUCUUCAAGAAAAUCUAAAGCCAAGAAAGUUAGGGAUGAGUUUGAUGGAGAGGAUUUUGACGAUGAAGAAGAUGAAGAUGCCAAUGAUGAUUAUUAUUAUUGAUGAUUCAUUGAUUGGUUAUGUUAAUGUGGGUUGGAUAACACUUUGGAUCGCGAUUUUUGAAUAAAAUUACUGUCUUAUUAACUAACCAUUUUAAAGCAUUCUUUACCUUCCAGGACAUGACCUACCCGCUGCCGUAUAGGUUGAAUUGAACAUUUAUGGACCGGAGAAUGGGGACAACAAUCACCAACAUCAGUUUACACCCCCCUGUCAGUAACCCCAUGUUUUUGUAGCCAUGUUUUAGUAAUAUAUGAUCAAUACUGUGGUUUUAUAUCGAAGCCUUUAUGUAAUAUAUUUCUGUUUCUUUAUGAUGUUUUCGUACUUCCAA